AAUUAUUCUUGACUGAUUAGUGAAAACCUCAUUGGCCCGACCGUUCAGAGUAAAAUUGUUCUUGACUCAUUACAAGCGAAAACUCCCAUGAAGCGCUCAACUUACUUGGAAAGCCGAGAUUCUAUGAUCUGGGGAGGGUAGUUCGCAAGAAGCAUUACCAGUUUAUACCGUAUCGCACAUGUAACGAAAUUUUUCCCGCGUUGCGUUCAUUCUUUCAUCAGCUGCCAGCGUGGACGCAAGGAUUGCUUGUUGGGAGAAGGAACUGUUGGAAGGCAGAGCGAGGGAAAGAGCGAAAGAACUUUUGUGUUAGGCGAUUUUGAUACCUCGCUGCAGAGUCUAGACCGCUGAGUCUAGAUGUUGGAUUUUGUAACGAAGCUGUCGCAGGAAACUAUCAUUUGAAAAGUUUCUUCACCCACCAGCGGUCAACAGUGAUCAAUAAUACAGUGAAGGAAAGGAUUUUUGAAUAGAUGUAACUUACGCCUGUCCAAUCGGAACACAGUUGCUGGUUUCCGCCGCCGAAAAAUAUACAAACUGUUGCUUUUUUGUAAAAAUCAUUGGCGAGUUUAAAUCAUUGUUUUCUAUCGAUUUUCCCGACUACCGGUAAUCGAAAAUGUCACAACGCACAUUUCUCACGCGGACGUUAGUAUCAUUUUUGUGUUUUUCUCUGUUUUCCGUGUCUUCUGCUGAUUUGAAUGAUCAGGCCCUGAACGAAGAUGCCGGCUACAUUGACGAAGAUUCGGGGGAAAGGAUGGGUUAUUAUUCCGAGGAAUUGUCUUCAGUUGGAAUGAUGGAUCAUGAGACAUUGGAAGAGAAGAACAACUCGGUGGAGAUGGACGGAGGAGAGCGCCAAGGGAGUCUGCCGCCAGCCGCCAUCAUGCGAGAAAGGAACAAACAAGCCCGCCUGGUGCAAAUCAAAAAUCAGAUUCUGAAGAAGUUGGGCAUACCGACCAAACCCAACUUUACGGUCAGUGGUGAGGUCCCAGAGGGGGAACUCAGACGGGUCAUGGCACGGUAUCGAGAGACAGGGGCCGAGGAUGAAGCCAUCGCCAGACCGGCUGAUAACAUGUAUGCCAUGAGGUUCAAUGUUUAUACUGCCACAUGCGAUCACAACCGACAAGCAGACCGAGAGAUGUGGGACGCGUCUGACAGUCUAAAAUACUUUUUUGAUGUCCGCUAUAUGGCCCAAUAUGAAAAACACGUAACGAAGGCCAUGCUACGGUUGUAUAAGUAUGCAGCUCCUGUUUGCCACUGUACGGGUCCUAAACGAAACAAACUCGACCAGGGGAACGAGGAUAAGAUACGGGUACUUAUCUAUAAAUAUCUCAGGCCUUUACGGACGAACAGGCGAGUAAAGCGGAAGUUGAUCGUGACAAAAGAGUAUGAACGGAUGUACGAAGGAUGGGUCUCGCUCAACAUCCGCAACGCCGUGCAAGACUGGUUGAAACCCCAGAACCGGAACUACGGGAUCCAGAUCGUCGUCGAGGAUAUGAAGGGCGACGAACAAGACGUGUUUACAUAUUUUGAUCCUCACAACUGCACCUGGACCAACCGAGGUGACGAAGGGUUGAAUAGUACGUUACAACCAACCGAGAAGGACCCGAAUAGUACACUCCCGAUCCUGGAGGUUUCAUCCAUCGAAGUGCCAAAGGACUUUGCUUCGAGAGUACGUGACAAACGGGGGUCAAGGUCUCGACGACUGUGCAGACGGGAAUCACUCUACGUCAGCUUCGAGAAAUUGGGUUGGGAUGACUGGAUCAUUCAGCCACAGGGCUUCGAGACGGGGUACUGCACGGGCUCUUGUGCGCGGAUCGGCUGGAAGGUCGACAUUUACAGGGAUGCUUGGAUGCAACGGAUCGAGUGCUGUGCCCCGAGUGUGCUGAAACCACUUAAAGUCGUCCAUUUUGAUCAACACGGAAAGAUGACCUUCUCAAUGUUCGACAACUUCAUCAUCGCAGACUGCGAUUGCACAGCCGGAGGAUCUUAAUCCCGUAUAGUCAGUAGUAUUCAUCAGGUGACGUUUGUCUGGAGAGAGAACUGUUUUUACUGACUCGACUGGUCCCAGACGCUGCAACAGUGCUUGCAUAUCGUGCUCUGUUGUAGCUUAACUGGGCCGAACAAAAUGAGACUGGUCCCCGGACCCCGAAGUAUACUUACAUGACCGGCUGCUGUUUGAGGACAAGGAACCAGUCAAACAAAAACAAUCUACAUCAUGUAUGUGUAUAUGCCGAAGUUUUCAAGAUACAAGUAUGAAAAAGUUCGAGGCAGUUUUUUGUCGCAUUGUCCUUUUGUGAUGAUUUUUGAAUGAUCGAAUUUUUCAUUUUUGAUUGAUCAAACAGUCAACAAUCACAGUGGCAUCGAACAAAAAAAAAGAGAAAUGCAUAUUCAAAAACGCCAUUGUAGAUCUAGAUCUCUCAGGCAACAGACCCCCCCCCCCCCCCUUCACAUAAACUGAAGUAACAAAAAAUUGGAACUGUGCAUAAGACGAUCAUGAAUGUAGGGUAUCUAUUCAUCUUGUAUCUUGUAAGUUUCGGUUAUUUGGAAUGAAACGGGUCGUUAUGUUAAUGGGAUGUACAUAAUUAUUGCCUUCAUUGGUGUUGCAUUAUACUUCAUUGGGCUAAAGUUUCCCUCGAGCAUUGGCUAACUUUACGAGUCACUAUAGUUUCCCUAGAGCAUUGGCUAACUUACCGGACUAUAGUUUCCUUGGAUGCAAAAUGCUCCAAUCGUGUAUCGUUCUGGAUCGUACAGACGCACAAAUAUUUGUUUUCUUGCAUUUUUCGUGUUUGAUGUGGAGUUCUUAGCGCCAGAGCAGGCUACAUAUAGAAACUUUAAAGGGACAUACUAAAAAGUACUACAUGCAUUUGACUAUAAAAGUACUACUAUUUUCUGGUAUUGUCAUGGACAUACAUGGACGUCUGCCUUCUAAGUCAACUGAAUACAUAUACUUUCAAUACAACCAGCUAGAGUACUGUUGAUGAAACAUUGGCAUACUGAAAAAAAUCCUAAAAUAAUGAGCAGUCCAUCUGUUCAAUUAGCAGUCACUUUAAGUAAUCGGACACCAAAUAGUACAUUAUGGACGUGUAGGUAGACGUAAACGUCACGUAGAUUCCCCUGAGCAUAAGUUAACUUCACUGAACUUACUUCCUUUGAGCAUUAACAAACUUCACGGGACUAUAGUUCCCCUUGAGCACUGGCUUUUCACUCGACUGAAGUUUCCCUUGAGCAUUGAUUAACUUCAGGGGACUAUAGUUCCCCUUGAGCACUGGCUUUUCACUCGACUGAAGUUUCCCUUGAGCAUUGAUUAACUUCACGGGACCAUAGUUUCCCUUGAGCAUUGAUUAACUUCACGGGACUAUAGGUCCCCUUGAGCAUUGAAUACCUUUACGGGACUAUAGGUCCCCUUUUGAGCAUUGAUUAACUUCACGGGACCAUAGUUUCCCUUCAGCAUUGAUUAACUUCACGGGACUAUAGGUUCCCUUGGACACAGCUGGCUAUUCAUUGAACUGAAGUUUCCCUUGAGCAUUGAAUAACUUCACGGGACCAUAAUUUCCCUUGAGCAUUGAUUAACUUUACGGGACUAUAGGUCCCCUUGAGCACUGGCUAUUCACUGAACUGAAGUUUCCCUUGAGCAUUGAUUAACUAUACACUACUAGACUGAUUCCCUUGAGCAUUGAUUUUAAAACUACCUCGUUCACAGGUCAAUUUCUGAAAACUUGAGUGGGUAUGCAUGUUAGUUUCGUGAAGAAAUAUUUGGAGAAAUUUAGCUACCUCAAAUUCGACAAUCUUAUUUCAACAGAUUAAUGUAAUUUUUAUUCCAAAAUAUUACUCUCGCUGUCUUUGAGGUGCAUUGGCUAUAAGGGUGCCAUUCUGCCACUGGUAGAGUUGAUAUAUGGCUCUAUGUUAAUUUUGCAGAAUCUAAGCGCAGAAAUGUCAAUUGUCCUAGGUCACUUUGGUCUAUGCAUUCAAUAAAGGAAAUUCAUUCAGAAAUCCUCUUGAAUGAGCAGGUGCUGAAACAAAAGGUUUCCGAAUCUAGUCAUGACACAGAGUCUUUCACUCUUGAUGACUAGUUUUUCAGUCGAUCAAGUUCUCUCCUAAAGGUGAAAUAUCAAGUGAACCUGCUAUUGACGCAAAGGCGAUGCUUCGAACUAGCAUGUUGUACUGGACGCAAAAUUCAAUAGCAAAAUCCUAGAGAACGGAGAGAGUUUGACGGAAAAAUUGAUUUAGAAUGAGAAACCUUUUGUUGACCUAUACUCAUUCAAGAGGUGAUUUGAAUGGAUCUCCUCAGCAGAAUGUACGGACCAAUGUGACCAGUACAAGGAUAAUUUACAUCUCAAGGCAUACUUUCUACAAAAAUGACAUCGAACCAUCAGCCAAACUAGUGGAAGAAUGGCGCCUGUUUGCGCCACUUGAACCCUCCCCUUGAAGAGUUUACCUCGUCAACUUGUGUUUAUUAUUUGCGAACUUCGUCAUUGCUUUGUGUGCUCUCAUGCAACUGCCUGAAUUGGUUUGAAUAUAGUUGCUUCAAGAUAAAACCGGUAUGAAAUUUUAAAAACAGGCUUGAAAUAUACUUAGUUCAAAGAAAAAAACAGGUCCAGAUAAGUUUACAUGGAGUUGGUUCAAAGAAGAAAAAAAAGAAUUUGGUUUAUAUGUACAUGUGGUUGGUCAAGAAAAACUUUUAUCAGGGUGGUCGCCGACCGGGUUUCGACUGUAUUUAUUGGUAAAUAUUAUCAUCCUGUGGUUAAAAUGAUGACGCAAAAGUUGAAGAGAUAAACUUUCCAAGGUAUUCGGGACUCGAGAGAAGAGCCGACUUAUUUGACUAACUGUUGUUGUACAUAAAUGUUCUAUUUUGUAUUUUCUCGAAUUUUGUUUGUUUUAUGUUAGUUUGAGUGCAAAUAUUUAUGUUUCUGAUAGUGAAUUAAAUGUUUAUCGUCGAA